CCCUGGUGCAGGAUUUGACCCGCUCUUUGAUGGAGAAAAUGUGGGUGUGAACUGUGCCCCGGAUUCCCUAUAUAACAUGACCUGUCAUGGUUCCCAGGCAUCUGGUCGUGUGUCUUUCUACUCCUCCACUUUGUGAUCAGCAUCUCCACUCCACCUAGGAGAUCCCACAUAGACGCGAUACUUGUGAUCAGUCGUCAUCAUGUCUCGUCGAAAGCCCGACAUCGAGGCGACCGAGCCCAACUUCUCAUCAUCGGGUAGUGACAAGUCCGACUUUGGUGCCGGGCAGCAUCAUGAACAUGCCGGCGCUGCUCCGCAGCGAAAGGCUUCGGUCGCCGCAAAGCUCAGGAACCCCUUAUCCGGUUAUAGCGAGGAACAUGUCCUAGCCGAUGUUGACGCAUGGUGUGUUCAGAAGGGCCUGCAGGAGUACCAGGAGGAGUUCCGUAAGGGCGCCCUCAUUGCUCGUGUAGGUCAACGAGACGAUGGUUUUGAAUAUGUCAAUCAACUGUCCACGGAAGAGAAAGACUGGCUGCGACACGAGGUUAGCCAUCGGUGGUCUCAACCUAAGAUGCUGUAUUUCUUGGUUGUGCUCUGCGCUGGCUCUGCGAUCGUGCAAGGAAUGGACCAAACGGCUGUUAACGGUGCUCAAGGAUUCUACUUCAGAGAAUUCGGAAUCGGACAAGACCAGGUGUGGCUUCGAGGUUUGCUUAACGGGGCUCCUUACCUUUGCUCUUGUCUCAUCGGAUGCUGGUCCAACGCACCCCUGAACAAGUUCUUUGGCCGCCGUGGAACCAUCUUCAUCUCUUGCAUCAUCUCUUUCAUCACCGGUAUCUGGAUGGCGGCCGCUGACAGCUGGCCCAAUCUCCUCGUCGCGCGUUUCAUGCUCGGGUUUGCUGUCGGUGCAAAGUCCUCGACUACGCCCGUUUACGCCGCCGAGUCUGCGCCAAAGACCAUUCGUGGAGCCCUUACCAUGAUGUGGCAAAUGUGGACCGCUUUCGGAAUUAUGCUGGGUUUCAUCGUCUCCGUCGCAUUUCAGAAUGUUACAAUCAUUGGCGGCGAGAAUUCGCCAUGGAGGUGGAUGCUGGCCUCCACCAGUAUUCCCCCGAUGAUUGUCUGCGUCCAAGUAUACUUUUGCCCUGAAUCGCCGCGCUGGUACAUGGAGAAAGGCAAAUACGACAAGGCGUUCAACUCACUUUGUCGACUACGCGCGCACAAGAUCCAAGCUGCACGCGAUAUGUACUACGCGUAUAAGCUUCUUGAGAUCGAAAACGCGGAACGCGAGGGCCGAAACCCACUCAAGGAAUUCUUCAUCGUCCGCCGCAACCGUCGCGCCGCACAGAGCGCCUUCUUCGUCAUGUUCAUGCAGCAAUUCUGUGGAGUCAACGUCAUCGCAUACUACAGUACAUCCAUCUUCGAACAAGCCGGUUUUUCCGAGACCAACGCCUUGCUCGUAUCCAUGGGCACCGGCAUAACGAACUUCCUCUUCGCGAUCCCAGCUAUCUACACCAUCGAUACAUUCGGUCGAAGGAAUCUUUUGCUUACGACCUUCCCUCUUAUGGGUCUGUGUCUUCUUUGGUGCGGAUUAUCCUUCUACCUACCAGAGAAUCCCGAUGGCACGCCAUCCCAGCAACGUCUUGGAUCCAUCGCCGCCGCAAUCUACGUCUUCAUGGCCGUCUACUCCCCCGGUGAAGGCCCCGUGCCCUUCACCUACUCCGCAGAAGCAUUUCCACUCCACCUCCGCGACGUCGGCAUGUCCUUCGCUACAGCCACCUGCUGGGGCUUCAACUUCAUCCUCUCCCUCACGUGGCCGGCCCUUGAGGCCGCUUUCACACCAACCGGCGCGUUCUGUUGGUACGCAGCUUGGAACUUCUUCGGUUUCAUCUACGCCUACUUCCUCUUGCCUGAGACCAAGGCACUCACGCUCGAAGAAUUGGACACGGUCUUUGAUGUUGGUAACCGCCAGUUCGCGGCUUACUACACGAAGAAGUUGCCGUGGUACCUGAAGAAGCGUGUUUUGCGUCAGGAUGUCGCGCCCAUGGAGCCGCUGUUUGAUCUUCAUGAGCAGGGUGGGCAUGUGGAUUACGUUGAUGAGCCUGUUGGUGGGGGAGGAGGGGCUGGUGCUCUGGAGGAUACGAAAAUUGUUGAGAAGGAUGAGGUGAUGAGGACGUGAGCGUCUUCUUAAUGUGAGCACGCCAAGUUGUUGCGUUCCGCACCUUCGCGCAUUGCCGUCGUUGUCGUGCGACAGUGUGAGUUUUGGUUGCCUUUUGAUGAGCCUGCUUUUACGCUCAUUCGCGAGUUCGUUAUACCCGUGUUGAUUAUAGUAUCAACAAGAAGAAUGAGAUAUUCUUGUUUGCUUUGACUGAACAAUUGCCUCUCUCACUGGAAGGUUUCAGCUCGCGGUUUCGAAUGCAUUAGAACAUACGUGAGUGAUCGACAGGGUAUUUGCGUGUCGGCGAAAGACGUGGAGAAUCUGCUUGGUGAGGGCAUUGCUGUUUGGGGUUUGCGGGGCGCUGAGGCUGGGUUGAGGACGCACGGCGUCGAGAGAGUAUGGUUUGCCUAAAUGUGUCAACUGUUGAGGGGUUGUUGUGUGAUAAUGCAAAGACAAGCCC